AAAUGAUUGAACGCAUCCUAACUUUGACCAUCUGAACCAUUCCUCUGAAAAUAUCUUACGCCGACCCAUGCAAUGAAAUCACUCUCCUCGACUCCUCUGUUCUUUGGGUUUCUCUGCCAUGUCUCCCAGAGCUUCUAUUUUCCUCGUUUUGGCGACGGCCCACUUCCUGUUUCAAUCGAGUUGGUGCAUAGAGUUCGUGUACAACUCCAAUUUCUCCUCCACCAACUUAUUUCUUGUCGGCUCUGCCACCGUCGAUUCUCCGCCGUCGAUCCUCACCCUCACCAACGACACAAUUUUCUCCAUCGGCCGUGGCCUCUACCCUUCCAAGAUCUCUGCCGCCGCCGUGCCUCUCCCCUUCGCCACUUCCUUCAUCUUCUCCAUGGCUCCGUACAAAAACAUCCUUCCCGGCCACGGCUUCGCCUUCGUCUUCCUCCCCUCCGCUGGAAUUGCGGCCGCAGACCCGGCUCAGCAUCUGGGUAUCUUCAAUUUCACCAACAACGGCGACCCCAGAAACAGAAUCUUCGGUGUCGAAUUCGAUGUCUUCGCCAACCAGGAAUUCGACGACAUCGACGCGAAUCACGUGGGUCUCGAUGUUAACUCGCUUUCUUCUGUUUCAUCGGCGACUGCAGGGUUCUGGGGAGGAAAAUCCGGCGAGAAAUUCACGGAACUGAAGCUCAAUAGCGGUGAGAAUUACCAGGUGUGGAUAGAAUUCAAUGGUUCAGCCAUCAACGUCACGAUGGCUAAAGCCGGCUCGAAGAAACCCACAAGACCAUUGAUAAGCACUUUCUUGAAUCUCACAGGGGUUUUGUUGGAUAACAUGUUCGUGGGCUUCACCGGAGCCACCGGGCAACUCGUACAGAGCCAUAGGAUCUUAGCUUGGAGCUUUAGCAACUCAGACUUCUCCAUUGGUGAUGCUUUAACGACUACAAAUCUGCCGUCCUUUGUUUUGUCCAAGAACUCGGUGAUUCGUUCUAAAGGAUUCAUCGCCGGGGUUAGUAUUAGUAGUCUUGUCUUCAUUGGUGUUAUAGGACUCGCGCUGUAUGCCAUCCUAGUGAAGCGGCAGCGGAAGUGGCGAGAGGAAGACGUGGAAGAUUGGGAAACGGAAUAUUGGCCACAUAGGGUUCAUUAUAGGGACGUAUUUGCGGCAACAAAAGGCUUCUCGGAGGAGAAUUUGAUCGGAUUUGGAGGAAACACAAAGGUUUAUAGAGGAGUAUUGGAUGGAAGAAACGUAGCGGUGAAGAGAAUAACGAUAAGCCCGCGUGAGAGUGUCUCGGGGACAAGAGAGUUCUUGGCCGAGGUUUCAAGCUUGGGAAGGCUAAGGCACAAAAACUUGGUGGGGCUGAAAGGUUGGUGCAGGAAAGGUGGAGAGAGUUUGAUGUUAGUUUACGAGUACAUGGAGAAAGGAAGCGUUGAUAAGAGGAUAUUUGGGUGUGAAGAGAGUUUGAUGUUAAGUUGGGAGGAGAGAAUGAGUGUGAUCAGAGACGUAGCAUCGGGGAUAUUCUAUUUGCAUGAAGGUUGGGAGGCUAAGGUGUUGCACCGGGACAUCAAGGCGAGCAAUGUGUUGCUUGACAAGGAUAUGAGUGCUAGAGUGGGGGACUUUGGGCUUGCCAAGAUGAACAACACCAGGCAGGAACUGCUCAGUACAACCCGCAUAGUUGGGACGGCAGGGUACAUGGCCCCAGAGCUUGUUAGGACCGGACGAGCUUCGACUCAGACUGAUGUCUAUAGUUUCGGGGUGUUUGUGUUGGAGAUUGUGUGUGGUAGAAGACCGAUAGAGGAAGGGAAGCCCGGUCUAGUGGAGUAUGUGUGGGAACUGAUGGGGAACGACAGAGUGGCCGACGCUCGUGACGAGAGAUUGAAGGCCAAAAGAGGAUAUGCGAAGGACGAAGUGGAGAGGAUUCUUCGCAUAGGGAUGCUGUGUGCGCACCCAGAUCCCCGGGUUAGGCCGACAAUGAGGCAAGUUGUGCAGAUAAUGGGAGAUGGCGAUGGAGAGGGGAUCGAUAGGGAAGGAACGGAAGUGAGUUUGUUGGAGAGGGUAAGGAGCUCCCAGAUGUUGGGAAGGGGCGAGGGGACACAUCCGACAUUCCAGGAUGUUUGGAACUCUGUGUCUGGUUCCAUAUCGCUUUGGAGUUCAGAUUCAUUACUUGAGGGAAGAUAAGUGGGUUUAUAAAGCGGCUGAUUGUUCGUUUGUUUGUUUUGUAUUAUACGUUAGUUGUAUGAGCUCUUGUCUCUCAUACGGUGCUUUCUAAGAAGAUGAAAUAUGAAGAACUAAAUGGAUUCAUUGUCAGACAUCGUACAAUGUGUGGUAAUCUGAUUCCAUUUUGCGAUUGAUCAUGAAUGUGUGUACAAAAUUAAUCGGAAUUUUGGCAAUGGUAAUUAAUACU